GCUGCAGCUGUGCAUAAUGAUAGACUGGCCGACAGCGUCAUGCCUCGUCCUGGUCGUUCUCCAUGUCUCCAGUGUCGAUAUCGCAAGGUCCGAUGCGACCGGCGACAGGACACCUGCGGCAGCUGCGAAAGACUACAGUUUGCCUGUUCAUUCAAACAGCCUGAUGAACAGCAGAAAGGCCAGAAGAAUGCGGCUGCACCUCCAGAGCGUCGCCGCGCAAGCCGAGCAUGUCUGGCAUGUAAGCGUCUCAAGGCGCGAUGCUCGGGCGAACUACCUGAAUGCAACAAUUGUCGUCGUCGCCAGAAGCGAUGUCGAUACUCGUCUUCAGGUCCGCCAGAAACAGUCCAGCCGCUAGAGUCUUUGAAUGAGCCUACAGAGAUAGAUGGCUGGUUGGGCCCGCUGUUUCCCAUCCGCCGCCAGGAAAUGCUCAACGCCAUCGACCGCUUCUUCCGCCAUUUAUAUCCCAUUCUCUCCUUCUCCUUUCUACAUGAGCCCUCAAUCAGACAGCAUUGUGCUGCUGGUACCCUUGAUCCAUCACUCGCUCUGGUGCUGGCUGCUGUCACCAACGUCUAUCUAUCUCCAGAUCAAAGCCUGCUACAGGAGUGUAAAUCAUGGGUCCGCCGAGUAGAGACAGAGAUAUGGGAGCAUCUACAUGAACCAUCCAUUAUUCGAGUCCAGACUUUAGUGUUAAUAGUGCUCUAUCACAUCCAGACCGGCGAGUUCUCCCGUGCCUACAUGCUGGCCGGGAUGGCCGCGCGCUCCGCUACAGCCCUCCGGCUCAACUACGAACGACCGGAGCUGGGAUUCGUGGCUCAGGAGACGCGUCGUCGUGUUCUCUGGGCUCUCACCAGUGUGGAUGGCAUCUUUUCUGUCGGACUGCCCGAGUAUGAAACCAUGCCGUACGCCAUCGUCUACCAGCGGCUGCCUUGCUCCGAAGAGGAGUAUUCUGGUCUACGUGAACCACAACACCCAAAUCUUCUGGCUGCCUGUUUCCAGGUAUCCAAGAUCCAGAGGGACGUGAUGCGAUUGACUCGUCAGUUGGCUAUAUCAGACAAGCCUCUGGUAGAGCUGCCGGGGCUGGUCCAGGAGAUCCAGAAUGAUCUCUGGCGAUUGCAUUCAGACCUGGAACUGACGGCCGAUUUUUCCAUAUCUGCUACAACGCAGCCUCUAAAUAUGAAGGAGUCGCGGUGGUUUGCGCGAUAUCUCAUGGCCUCGCUCUCCUGGCAUCAAGUGCACUGCGAUCUGUACCGCAUCUUCUUGCCUGGUUACGCUGAGGCAGUGCCAACGGUCAUCAUGGACGCGACAGAUGUCAAUUUCCGUCACCAAGCGGCUGAGAUGUGUCGCAUCCAUGUCCAACUCAUCUUUAAGAUCCUGGGUGGCGUGCUCAAAGCAGAUGUGCCGCUGCUGCCACUUUAUGUGGCUGUCUGCACCUACCAGGCAGCGCGACUGACUUUAUUCCUGCCGUCUCUUCGUAGCGAAAUAACUACGGAGAGUGCCAUUGCGAGUGCGACCACGGCUCUCGGGAUUCUAUACAAGUUCUUCUCGGCGACGCCCUGGGCGCAGGAUAUCAUAGCCGAUCUCGAGCGGCUGGUCCAGUGUGCACCGGGAGUCGGGAAUUCUCAGUCUGUACAUAGUGAUUCUGUACAUGAUAGUGCUCGCCUCCGACAUGGUCAACUUGCGGUGCAUAGCUUGAUUCGUCAGGCGAACUUUGUGGACGGGGGAUACGAGGGCUGACGGACGGGGUGCAGGUCUCCAUACUCGUCGAGCAUUGUAAUAAUACUUGAAUAUGACGAAUAUCUAUGAAUUGACUUGGUGUUUGAGGUAUUCUUAGCCCAUUCUCCCUGCCAAUAUCGUGUCUCCGUCGCCGACUGCCGCCGACAUCCGGUGGACUCCGUAUACUC